ACAAUUCCCCGCGCCCGGACAAGAUGGAAGAAAGCAUCGGCCACAAGACGACAAUGUUUUGUCUAUAACACCUCAAAGGAACGAACAAGAGAAGAAAAUACCAACAUUUCUAGCCAGUCGCGGUCAUGUGUAGGACACCCCUACCUGGCCCCAUCUAGUGCUUCCCCUCCUGCACUUGCCAUGAGUAUUAUCCAAGACAAGCUAGGCAACGAGUUUCUGCAAAGCAACGGGGGUAUGGACCCCAACUUCACCCCGGGUAUGCUCAUGUUUAGCCACCUGCCGCCUGUCACCAGCUUCACCCGCCUGGCUUCGCAGUCAGUCAUGGUGGGCAACCAAUCCCAGGAGAUUAUCCUAAAAAAGGAACGUGACUCUCCUCCCCAAGCCGGCAGCUUCCUCCAUGGCAUGGGCAUCAAGCAGGAGCAGAUGAGCGAGCUGGACUACCGUGUGCCCCUCUAUGGUGGAGGAGGACUGGGUGGCAGCUGUGGCGGAGGAGGGGGCAUGCGGAAGGGCAAUGAGAUGCUGGAGAUGCAGUUUGGUGGAGGCCACCACCACAACCAUCAGAACAUGCUCCUGCAUGACCUCAGCAACGGCCGAAUUGGAGAGCUGGUGUCUGGAAGACCAGUGAAAGGGACUAAAGAGUCGUUGGGAAGAAGACGGAAGAGCGACGGGGAAGGUAAAGCCAGAAGAAAACAUGGAGAACACAAGAUGUUGGACGGCGAAGGGGGUGGCCUGUCUCCCAACUCCAAACCACACAUCUGCGAGCACUGCAGCGCCGCCUUUCGCAGCUCCUACCACCUCCGCAGACACGUACUCAUUCACACAGAUCGCACAGGUGAGAGGCCUUUCCGGUGCAGUCAGUGUAACAUGAGCUUUAUCCAGAAGUAUCUGCUGCAGCGGCAUGAGAAGAUCCACAGCGGAGAGAAGCCCUUCAGCUGUGACCAGUGUAACAUGUGCUUCAUCCAGAAGUACCACAUGGAGCGGCACAAGAGGACCCACAGCGGAGAGAAGCCAUACAGGUGUGACACCUGCCAACAGUUUUUCUCGAGGACAGACCGGUUACUAAAGCACAAGCGGACCUGUGGAGAAGCCUUAAAAAAGGGCCUAGACCCCAGCAUGCUGCAGCUGGUCGACGCAGACAUUGGCCACGACAGCUACUCACUCACUCAGGGAAAUGCUACCGCCACCUCUGGACGCAGGAGGGGCAAGUCCAAAAAUGCAGGCGAAGGCAUCGAGCGCAAGCGGAAGAAGACUCUGGCCGCCACCGUGUCGUCGGGAAGCCUGCAGGACUACGGCAUGGAGUGCUCCGACCUGGGGCCCAUCAUGCAGGGCCGCACACCCAAGCUGGUCUUCAAGAAGAACAAUAAGUCCCUCAACUCCGUGGAGGACGGGGAGCAGAAGCUGCUAUCUCAGAAGCAGGGCUCCAUGGAGCUGGCGGUGGGCUCAGGGCUCGAGGCCUUGGGCCUCCUCCAGGGCUCCUCCGGUGGGGGCACCAAGCAGGCCCAGUCAGCCACCAAGCAGGCCUUGUCAGCCACCAGCAACAACUACGACGGCGCAAUGCAGUUUGUGAAGAAGCGUCGCUACCUCCAACAUAUGGCCAACAACGACUAUGGGGCACCCUCCCUCCACAUGGGCCAGCCCCAGUCCAGCAGUGUGAUUCAGGGCUCACUGGGCCACCAAAAUGAGCCCGCCAUGGCCAUGCUGGAUGCCUUGCCCCUGGACCUCAAGCACCAUGACAAGUCAUGCAUCCCGGACGAGGUGCUCCAGAGCUUGCUGGACCACUACAGCCACAAGUCAGACAACGCGCACCACCACCAUAGUGAUGUAACCUUUGACCUCACCGACAGCAGUGGCUCGCACCACGUGGACCUGCAGCCGGCCGCACCUGUCACCCCAGAGUUGGAUGACGACUCACCCAACGGCGGCGACAAGCAGGUGGUAAUGAGCGAGUACUCCAAAUUCCUACAGCAGGCCCUAGAGCGCACCAGCCACAGUGGGCCCUUCCCCACUCUGGGUCCCAGCAGGCCCUUCCCUCUGCUCCCUAGCAGCUCCAGCCCCACAGGGCCCUUCUUCCCUGACAAGCAUGUCUACACUUCAUCCCCGCUGGAAUGUGGCUACCCACCAUCCAUCUCCUUGCCGUUGCCCAGCUCCACAGUCUCCUCUUCUUCGUUGUCAUCCUCUAAGUCCCACUACGGCAUACUGGUAGGCUCCCCGUCCCAGCCGGCCUUCCACAUCAAUGGCCUGGAGGCGGCUAGCCAUCAGCAGCUCACCCCGUCUCAGGAGCUUACUGAGCAGCUGGAGAAGCAGCACCACUCCCAUGGGUUCCAGCUCACACCCCAGGAGCUGACGGCCGCCAGCGGGGCCACCAAGGAGCAGGGGGCCAAGGGAAACAGGAGCAACGGCUCCGGCAACUACGCCGACCUGGAUACACCCAAGGAAGUGGACCUGCGGGCUACCUACCAGAUCGAGAACUUUGCCCAGGCCUUCGGCUCCCAGUUCAAGUCGGGCCGCCAUACCCCGCUGGGUUACAGCAUUGACCUCCGGCCCGAGGUCGACCACCGAAUACGGGCUACUGUGUCAGAAUUCUCAGGGUUUACCAGUUUGUUAGCUGAUGUCAGCGAGCCAGUUAGUACAGGAUCGAAAACCGCAACAAGCCAAAGUUUCAGUUAAGGGUUAAAAAUAGGUGAACCGAGUUGUGGGUUUUGUUUUUCUUUGUGUUCCUAUACCCUUCAUUUUCUUCUUGUAGCGAGAUUUUUUUUUAAAUGAAACACUGCCAUUAAAUGUUGAUAACCAGAACUCUACCAGGGAAGGUCUUUAAGGCCUCAAAUGCAAUUUUUUGAUAUUUGUUUAUCUGUGUUUAGUCUUUAUUUUGUUAGUGUAGUUGCUAUGAUAUGAACUAAACCUACAUGUGUAUGUAAUUUUAAAACAAAAGAAUAGGGGGUAGCUAUGAACUUCAUUAUUUCUUUCACCUUUAACCCCUUGUUUUAACAAUCAUACAGCUGUAAAGUAUUAAUGAAUGAUGAUAAUUACAAUAAUAAUAAUUAAGCUUGUGUCAGGGAAAAGCCCAGAAUUCAAAUGGCAAAAAAAAGUUCUAUACUGUCUGUUACAAGAAUUGUGUUACUCAGGAAUUAAGGCAAAAUUGUGUAAUAAGAAUAACUUUGUAUUAUGAGAUGCAACUGGCACACUUUUCACAGGUGUACUUUGAGACUACAAAGCUUUGUUACUAUUUAUCCCAGGAAGAGGGCGGAACAAAAAGACUGCAAUAACUUCACUGGAUCUUCCUGUUGAGUUUUCCUCAUCCAACCCUUUCCGCUACUUGUUAUGGUACUUCUAUGUCAAUGUGAAAACAACCGCUCACAUUUCCUCCAUAAAGGGCCACAUGUAAAAGACAUGGAAACAUGGAUAUUUAUACACACAAGAACUCAUGGUGUACACACCCCAGCCUCAACAGAAAGCGGUUUUAACCCAAGGACCCUGUUUUGUUUGUUUAUAUAUGUGUGUAUAUAUGUAUGUGUGUCAAGUGGCUAUCUGUUUAGCCAUGCACCUCUUUGGAAUGCCCCCCUUCAGUGGCCCAUGACAAGGAAACACACUGGCCCCAUUAGCGACAUUUUAACAAUUAUAUUGUCACACAUUUUUACUGCUUUGUCCUCCACUCCUGGCUGUUACCCUUUUUUUUUGGCAAUGGAAAUCAAACGAGCACUUUUGAAAAACAAAAUCGUAAUUGAAAAUGAAAAACAACCCGACCUCAAUUAAGGAUGUGCAAAACCAACUUGAUUUUUAUUGGAUAAAAUUUAACAGGAGUGGGUGGAAUAGAGCGUGAGGGUGUUCUGUUGUGAGGGUUUGACUGGGGUUGAACGGGUAUGACCAUGGCCAGUUAGAUGUAUAGUUGAUUUUUAUUGGAUAAAUUGAACAGGGGUGGGUGGAAUAGAGCGUGAGGGUGUUCUGUUGGGAGGGUUAGACUGGGGUUGAACGGGUAUGACCAUGGCCAGUUAGAUGUAUAGUUGCUUUAGUUUUUUGACUGUUUGGUCAGGUGGAGGGGUUGUUAGAAUUGUAUGUUACCCAUUAUUAUGAGAGAUGCAGACAUUAUGCUGGAACUCCCCCCACUGAUGUACUAAGACUACUGGAUGCAAAAAUCAAACUAUUUUUCCUUUAUUUAUUCUUAAAGAUAUUCUCCGGUACUUGAGUAUACUUUUUAGCCAGGAUUUCUCAAAGUAACGCCCACAAGCCAAAGGUGGUCCAUGAAAAUAGCGUACUGUGUCACAUAUGUGCACCACAUCAUUGCUUGCUCUAUUGUGUGUGCGUCUAGCUGUCACUCAAAUGGCGAAGGGCUAAAGCUCAUUUGUUAAAACUAAUUUCUAGGGGCGGGGGGGGGCUGUCCAACGUGGGGGUAGAUGUAAGCAAAAUGGCGGAUCACAGCUUCCAGAAAAGUCUCAAACUAGGGAUUUCAUGGCCAAUUGAGGACAGUAAUUCUGCUCAUAUAUAUUAUGCAUGUAUGAACUACACAAUGACACAUCCAGCUCAAAGCUGGAGGUAAAAAAGAUACUUGCUAUUUGCCAAAGUGCCCGAUCAUGUCUUUAACCUAGCAAGUGUUUAUUUUUACAGCAUGUUUUGAAAGUGCAAUUAUUCACUGCACCUCAAUCUGUCUUUACCCUACCAAAUCAGGCCUGAUACUGAAAAACAACCUUGGUGAUAGAGGCUCAACUUCACGUUAUAAAUCCCCCCCGAAAAUGCAGUCCUUCAAACAUUGCGAGAAUAAACAAUGGCCUUUGUCUUCUUUGGCUCAAGCCACUUCUAUCCUGGCAGCCAGGGUUGAUCUUUUCCUACAUCUGCUCAGAUCUCAGGAAACAAAAGACUGGCUGGCCGGCGGCCACUUCACUCCAAAACACACACUAUGCGUUUAAAGAGAGAGCGAGAGGCUGAGAGAAACAAACGAUAGGAUUUACCUAAAUAUACCUCAUCACUGACGCUUCAGAAAGCAGGAACCCGUGUUUUAUGUAUGUAGUGAAAAUACUUGUAGUAUAGGUUAAACAUAUUGUAUAAUCAUGUAACACUGCUUGUGUUUACAAUUAUAGAAGAGCAAUUGACUUGUUGAAAUGCAAAAUGUAUUAUCUUUUUUUGUCUGUAAAGCAUUCACGCCAAGCAGUGUUGCAUUCUAGGUGCCUCAUAGAAAUGUUCUCUUAUGUUAUAUCCUUUUAUUUUUGUUACUUGUCUUAAAUGUUUUCAUAUCUCUAGAAGGAUAUUGUUUACAAAAAUGUACAAAAACACUAAAAGUUUGUUCAUUUGGUUUCUUCCCAUAUGCAUGAUCUGAUGAUUUUUGUAUGGCCCUUUUUUCUGAUUGACCACAACACCUAAUGUUGUAGCUGAUGCUUCCCCAUCCCUGUCCUUUUAGUUCCAGACCAUUGUGAUCUGAUUUACAGGGCUGUACAUGUUACUGCAUUUAGAAACUGAUUAGAGAAGCCAAUAAACAUUUUUUUACAAAAA